CUGAGAAUGCAUGCCCGAUGAGAUGAUUAGUGGAUCUCCCUGGAUAUAGAGCCUGGUACCUGGCCUAUUAUCCAUCCAACUGCUCCUCCACAGUCGCAAUAUAUCGGCUCGGGUUCAAUUUAACCGUAGCUCUUGUCGGCUUGGAGAAUUAUAAUUCCCCAACAACCUUUUUUUCCUCUUAUUCUCUCUCUCUUUCUCUCUCUCUCCUCUUCUUCUUCUUCUUCUUCUUUUUUUUUUUUUUUUUUUUUUUUUUUUUUUUUUUUUUUUUUUUGGUGUGUGUGUCUUUGCAAACACGGAUAUAGUUUGAAAAAUAAAUAAUCAGCAGUGAUGUUUGAAAAAAAUAUCCUGCAAAUUUUGACUUAAGUAUUUGUGCAAAUCUCAAUAAGUUGUAUGAAAAGAAAAGAAAAGAAAAGAAGAGAAAAAGAAACAGAGAGAUUGAUGGUGCUACGGCCACUUCUCAGAAAUGUGAUCGAGUCUUGACUAAUUCGGCAGCAACGUAGAGCAAAGAUAGCGCAACGGAGCAUGAUCGGGGACGUAGAGAAGAUGGUGGCAGUGGGGCUAGUCUGGGGCGCCACCAACGCUAUCAUGCGCCGCGGCGCGCUGCUCUGGGACGAGGCCCUCAAAUCCACUUCGAGGCCACCACAAGCACAAGAACAAGCACCGCCCCACCACAAGCUCAUCGCUUCGCUCAAGAAUUGGCUCACCCUCCUCUCGAUCUGGCAGUACUCGGUCCCCUUCUAGAUAAACCUCUCGGCCUCCGCUACCUUCUUCGCCAUUCUAAGCCACACCCCCAUCUCUCUCACCGUGCCCGUCACUAAUGCCACGACGUUUGCUGCCACGGCCGUCUUCGGAUUGCUGUUGGGGGAGAAGACCCGCGUGGCCCACGCUUUGAUUGGUACGGGUCUGAUCGUUCUCGGUGUUUGGCUUUGUAUUACGUGAUGGCUUUUUUUGAAAUUUGACUAACCCUGAACCCUUGGUUUCUUUGUUGAGAAAAGUGGGGAAAAGAAGGAAUUUUUUUUUGUGAUCUUUGUUAAAUUCCUGUUGGGUAUUUUAGUUUAUUGUGGGCAUU